AUGUCAAUCCUAUCUUGCUGCGGCUUCCGUCGUCGAGGCAGACAGCCUGCCAGCGACGCUGACUUGGCUGAUUCACCGGAGGAGCACCAUUUGCGGCGGGGCCUUCCUGAUAUCCAACAUUGCUUUGAUCAAUCGCGGGAGUCCCUGGAGAUGCCGAUUCGAUCUCGAGAUGUGUCGAUGCUGCCGGCUGAGCUGCCCUCUGAAGAUUUAACGGAGCUGGGACAGCUGGUGGUGGACGAUUCCGAUGGCGACGGGGAAGAGGACAAUCCUUUGACAAAGACAAGCAGUGCUCUAAACGUCGUUCGUACCAAGUUAAUACGCCGCAUUUCGCAUGAGAAUGAGCCAAACCGCCGGUCUCGCGCAUCUGCGGGCCACAGCCAGGAAGAGGUUGCUCGAAGAGCCGAGCUCAGGCGAUUUCGGCAUCAGAGGAUCCAAGAAGAGCUCAAGAAUGAAGAAAGCAACGCCGAGUCGAGCAGCACAUCUCACCGCAGCACCCGAUAUCUUUCCCCCCUCAUUGACGCCGGGCAGCCGAGGGUUGGACCAAGGGAUGCCAUAGAAUUCACAGUUGAAGACGCACAUCUGAACACAGCGCAACCACGCCCGACACAAGAGUCGCAACGUACCGAGGCUCAACACGUAGAGGCAUGCACCUCCUCACAAGAACAAGGCGCGGUGUUAAAGCCUGCUAUUACAUCAGCAGUGUCUGGCGCUGAGAGCUGGGAUCAAGUCCACCCUUUACGGCCACCAAGUACGCACAGCUCUACGUCUCAAAAAUUGGCAGGAUGCUCAUACAAAGUACCUCGCCUAGAUCGUAUUUUGGGCGCUGACAGCGAGUUUGAUAUUCGCCACGGAGCACAUGCUUGGGAGGAACAGUCUGCUCUUGGCAUCUGGCUCGCUGCCCAGGGCUUGCAAUCACGAAGCAGCUCCAUCCGCCCUGGAGGCAGCGAGACAAAUGAUAAGAAUCUAGGGAAUCAAGUUUCCUCACCCCAGGAGGAUUUUGGCGGGAUCGAUAGUACCGCAGACGUUCUGUUACCGACUCGCUGUCAAGGCAGUAUUACGGAGGAGCUCCACGACCGAAACAACUCCUUUGAGAGCGCAUCGUUUGUAUCCAGCUUACCCAAUGACCGUAUGCAAAGCGACGCUGAUGCCACCUUGCUUGGUCGGAAUCUACUCUUGGAGUCUGAUACCUUGGAUAUAGCCACAACAAGACCCGUUGACCCUAGCUCUUCCGACUAUCCUUCCGUUCUUCCAAGCUUCCAGCCCAGCCCAGAUCGAUCUCAAUCCAAUUUCCAUCAUCUUAGUGCAGAGGACCUAGAAAGCCUUGAGCUUUCGCCCUUUAGCUGGAGAGGCAACUUCUCUGUCAUUCGAAGCAUCCAGGCUUCCGAGGGAAUGAGCUCAUACGCUACAGCGGAAGAAAAUAUAUUUUAUUCCGACAAUAAUGCUAGCAGUGCUCGGAUCAAUUGCCCUACGGCUAAAGCCUCUGCCGAUGCAACAUCACUGGCCUGUUCUGGUGCUGCGGGUUUUCAUCCACGAGAGGCUAAGAUGCAAACAAUUGGGACAAGGCUUGGUGAUGCCCUGUCACGUAAGAAGCCAUCUUUGAACUUCGGUAGCCGCUUCAAAGAAGACUUCCAUAUAACUUCUGCUGGGUCUGGCCGCCGAUCCUUUAUGGCAAAAAUGAACCUUUCUGUCCCAAGGAGAUCUAAAUACAGCUCCAACAGCUUUGGUACGGCGCAAAGUAGGCACUACGUGAUUGAAAGAAGCUCAUUGGCUCUGAGACGUGAAGACUCAGAUGGCAGGCGACUGGAGACGCCUACUGGUGGAUCUUCUCCCUUUAAAACCCAAGUGGGCAGCUUUUCACCGGCUGAUUCAGGGGUUUUUGACACCUCCAGAUUGACCCCCCACUCAGAGCUCUUAUUGGACGAGGUUCAAAGUCCUUCUCGUCGGAUUCUUCAACAAUGGUCGACUAAUCUACAAGGGACUUUUUCAGCCAACUCCAUCCCAAAGCCCGGCCAACCAUCUAAACCCGCGAAACGACUGACCAAGAUCCCUUCCCUACAGCCACAAAUCAUCCAAUCAUGUGAAGAGAGAAUUACAAGCAUCGAUCUUCAUCAGUCACAGAUGGAUGAAGAUAGGAGGUUGGUUGUGGAUGCUCUCCCUUCGGAAUCAAUAUCACGUUUUAGACCUGGCAGGUUGGGAAAGGCUGUAAGAUCUGGGCUGAAGAAACUUAUGCCAUCACAUGACAAUGAGAGGCAAACCCAGUUCUUUCAAAUUUCAGAAAACAGGCCAGGGCAUGAUGAAAAUGAAAAGUGUUUAGGAUCCAAAAUAGUACGAACGGAUACGUUGACCAUUGCGAGUGAGCACCGAAGCCUUGCACAAAGGGAGGCAGUUGAAUAUGGCAUCACGUCCUCGAAUCAGCAUUUAUCUGCUAAAUUGGCCUCUCGUCACCAGCAAUCUGCGUCAAAACUUGGCAAUACUAUUGAUCUUGGGUGUUCGAAGAAGAAUACCAGGAUUUCCAUGGGAUUAGAGAUACAGAAGCUGGUCGAUGGGCCAAGCCAAAGCCAUCCCGCGGAAGAUGACUUGAUGAGUGAUAUUUCUAUACAACCAUGGAGGAGGCUGACAUUCGAGGACGAAAAAGAUAGAAACUCCCAAGACACUGGUUUAACAUCGGCCACCGGUGAGAUACAAGCUCUUCGCCGUUGGAAAUCAGCAUUGGAUGUGCCGGCGAGCAGGAAGCUGUCUCUAACCUGGACUGGCAGAUCCAUGGCCCAAUCUCUUAGCUUGGGAAAUUUGAGAGACUAA